GUUGUUGAACUUUUCUCUGAACACAAAAACUUUAUUUCUCAACAUGAGACGACAUCAGAGCCACAUAAUCCACUGAUCUCAGGACAUUUCUCAUGGAUGUUUCACAUGAAGAUAUGAGUUUGACAUCAGCUGUAGACGCUCAUCUCCUGAACUGGGUUUAUCUGUCUCUUCAGGACUCAUCUGAUGAUGAUGGAAACCACCAGAAUAAACCUGAGCUGGAUUCACAUCUUCAUACCAACAUCAUAAGAAACUUCAUUCAUCAGCACAACACACAGAGAGACAGCAGCUUAUAUAAGACUUUAUCUACUUUUUACUCUUUAAACAACAUCCUCGAGGAUCUCAGCUCAUUGACAGAAAACUUCUCUGACUUCUCGCUCUCCUCUGAACCUCAAAGACCCUGCAAGAAACCUCCACCCAACUACCUGUGUCACCUGUGCUUCAAUAAGGGUCAUUACAUCAAAGACUGUCCACAGGCUCGUCCUAAAGGUGAGGGCCUGACCCCGUAUCAGGGGAAGAAGAGAUGUUUCGGGGAGUACAAGUGUCCAAAAUGCAAGAGAAAAUGGAUGAGUGGAAACUCUUGGGCAAACAUGGGACAGGAAUGCAUUAAAUGCCACAUCAACGUCUAUCCACAUAAACAGCGUCCUCUGGAGAAACCUGAUGGUCUGGAUGUGUCAGAUCAGAGUAAAGAGCAUCCACAGCAUCUCUGUGAGAAGUGUAAAGGGUUGGGAUAUUACUGCCGUCGAGUUCAAUGACCUGACAGACAUUCAUUCACAUCCUCAUCCAGCCUGUAACACCAGUAAAUCUAAUUAUUUAUACUGAACCCUAAAAUAAAGGAUGUUCCUGGAUCAAAAUAACGUGAAGAUUGUAAAGUCUCGGGUUUGAGCAUCGGCUUCAUGGACAGUAUAAGCAAAACUCAUCUGUAAAGACUGCAUGCACAGGUUAACAAGAAGAAUCCAGACUCUUUAAAUGGAGUAAAUGGUUUUGGGGUCACUGCAUUUAUUGGAUAUUUUAAUGCUUUAUAUUUUACAUCAGGUCAGUUGCACAUCUGUGCAAACGUGAUUCACAAACACAUUUACAGUGUGAAAUACCUCCAGUAUGUUUAAAUGAAACAUGUUCUGAGAUGUUAUCUUAAAGGGGACAUAUUAUGAGAUUUUUUUUAAGAUGUGAACUAAGUCUAAAUCUAGGUCUGAGCAAAAGUGUGUCGUUUUGGGUGUGUCAUUUAAAAUGCAAAUGAGCGACUGAAGUGCAAACACUGAUCACAAUGAUGGUGUUUGUUGUAAUUCAAACUCAAUUGUGCUGUGAAUUGUUUUCUCUCUCUCAAUUUCUCUCUGUACUAAAUGGCUGUGCUGUGGUUGGAUAGUGCAGAUAAAGGGGGCGGUAUUACCUUAUUCUGACAUCACAAUAGGAGCCAAAUUGCAAUGAGCUAUUUUUUCACAUGCUUGCAGAGAAU